ACUGAAUUCAGCACCAAAAAUCAAUCCGCCCAAAGAAAAAUUGAAAAUCUCCGAAAUUUGCUCAUUUUAAUCUCCCGAUAGGCAAGGCCGUUUCAAAUGCCUUUUCGUCGGUUUUUCUGUUUCCUCUCAUUGGCUAUGCUAAGCAAAGAGGGAAUACCUUCGUCAAUGGCUCCCUUGUCGUAACCAUCGCCUCUGCAACUCAACUCAUCGGAAUCUCCCUCUCUUUCAGAAAAAAAAAAUAUAUCUAUUUUGAAUUCGAAACCUAAUGUUUCUCUUCUUCUUUUAGACGGAACGUACCAUUUUCAACACGAUCUCCUCUGUUUCAUCUCGAUUGGUUUGUCUUCAUUUUAGGGGUGGAUAGUACCAAAAAUAAAUCAUGGCUCACAAGGUUGAUCACGAGUAUGAUUAUCUUUUCAAGAUCGUCUUGAUCGGCGAUUCAGGUGUCGGCAAAUCCAAUAUCCUUUCCAGGUUCACUCGGAAUGAGUUCUGUCUGGAGUCUAAAUCGACAAUUGGAGUUGAAUUUGCGACGAGAACGUUGCAGGUUGAUGGAAAGACAGUAAAGGCACAGAUAUGGGAUACUGCUGGUCAAGAGAGGUAUCGAGCCAUCACCAGUGCUUACUACAGGGGAGCUGUUGGUGCACUCUUGGUCUAUGACAUAACCAAGAGGCAAACAUUUGACAAUGUUCAAAGGUGGCUCCGUGAACUAAGGGAUCAUGCAGACUCCAAUAUUGUUAUCAUGAUGGCUGGGAACAAGUCUGACCUAAACCACCUAAGAGCUGUUCCCGAGGAGGAUGCCCAAGCUUUGGCUGAGAAGGAAGGGCUCUCAUUUCUUGAAACAUCAGCAUUGGAGGCAUUGAAUGUUGACAAAGCAUUCCAGACUAUAUUGACAGAGAUUUACCACAUCAUAAGCAAGAAGGCACUGGCAGCCCAGGAAGCAGCCUCUACAACUGGUGUCCCUGGUCAUGGGACCACCAUCAACGUUGCUGAUUCAUCGGGGAAUUUGCCCAAGAGGAACUGUUGUUCUACUUAAUGUGGAAAUCUCCUGAGAGAGAGAGAGAGAGAGAGAGAGAAAGAGAAGGCACGCACAAAUCCUUCUUUCUUUUGUGCAAGAGUCCUGUAGAAUAUUUUCUACUUCUUUGAGAUAUUUCCCAUUUAGUGGCUGUGAAAAGCAGAUCAGAAAUGAAUAUUGAUAGUGUUAGUAGUGUAGGAGAUUGUGCUUUUGCUUUCUGCUCCGUUUCUUUGUUUUUGAGGUGGAACUGACCGGUAAGAAGAGUGAAUAUGGCCCUGGGUUUCUCAGCAGGGGGAAGAAAUGGAUAAAGAAAGAAACAAUGUAAGUUAGUGUCUCCUUUUGUUUCACGAAUUCAUCCUAACUUGUAAUAAUUUUUUUUUCUUUAAUUACCAUUUGAGUUUUGACAUGUUA